AUGGCAACCUCACCUUUCACCCAUCUUCUCUCUUUGCCUGAAGAGACGAUCGACAUAAUAUGCCAGAACUUCUGUCCCUGCUGCAGCCAGAGCCCCUCUCCUCGAUACUUCUUAAGCUCCGAAUGGUCGAACCCGGCUUAUGACAGAAAAUGUCUAUUCGCCUUAUCUCUGACAUGCCAGGAACUCAGGCGUAUCUCCCAACUGCACUUGUAUCAUCGACUGGUGGGGCACGAUUUCAUGGGUUUCAUCAACACCAUUCAUAAAACCCCAGCUCUUGGUCAAACUCCCAAGGAGCUCUAUGUGAACGAGGACGUGAUGAUGUCUCUGUAUCUUAAAUAUGAUAACGAGUCUAAAUCUGGAACCCCCCUUUCCGUAGGAAGGUGGCGAUUAUUCACCCAUUACUUUGAACACCUCAUGCUUGCUGUUAUCUCUUUAACACCAAUGCUUAACAAGCUUGAGAUUUAUGUCCAUUCCGACAGGCAACUCUGGAAGACCCCGUCUGGAUGUCUUCCGAAUCUGAAGGAACUCACUAUAACCUUUAGAGAUGGUUUUAAGAUCGAAGACCACCCUGACAGUCUGGCUGACUUGAUGCACGCAGCGCCUCGACUGGAAAGAAUCGAACUGAUCAACUUCAAAAAGCUAAGGGCAAGCUUUCGUCACGAUACUGUCAACGAACUUACACUGAGAUCAUGCAUGAUUCACAUCGGUCAGAUGACGGGCAUGAUGCGUGACUUUCCAAAACUACAAACCUUGCGGUUUAGUGCACCAAAGGAUUGGCAACGUUCUAAUAACGCGAGUCAACAACCAGGUCGCACGUACAAGAUGGAGGAUUUCUUGAUGCUGAGGAAAGACACGCUCAAACACCUCAUACUCGACUACCCCGGUAUUGAGUUCAAUGACCCUGGUGAAAUAGUGAUCCAAGAUCUCUCAAUGAUGAAGGUCCUUGAGACACUGUACAUCGACAGCGGCAUGCUGCAUCGCCGAUGGGAGCAGGAUCGUCUGCGUACACAAAGGCUUUGCCACUUGCUUCCAAGAUCCAUCAAGGAGUUCGGUCUAAUGGGGAGCGCAUAUCCGUUGGUACAUGGCGAGGUUGUGCAGUCAAUCAAUAUCUCGGCCCAGGCAUUUACUCACCUGAAAAAGGUAGUUGUCGCGCGGUUUGACAAAGAAUGGCCAGAUGAUGGGGAUGACUGGGAAAGGACGUAUGCCUCGGCUUGUGAAGCUGCCAACAUAGAGCUUUCAUCUUGGCUGCCUUCAAGCGUACAGCAGUUAAUGACCCAGCGCGGCCCGUAG